AUGGUCCGUUACGCUGCACAGGAGAUUCCGGCCGCAAAGAGCGCCCGUUCGCGGGGCUCUUACCUGCGUGUCUCUUUCAAGAACACCCGUGAAACCGCCCAGGCCAUCAACGGAUGGAAGCUGCAGCGCGCCACUCAGUACCUCGAGAAUGUCAUCGCACACAAGGAGGCUAUCCCCAUGAGACGGUACGCCGGUAGCACUGGUCGCACUGCCCAGGGCAAGCCUUUCGGUGUCUCCAAGGCCCGCUGGCCCGUCAAGUCCGCCCAGUUCCUCCUUGACCUCCUCAAGAACGCUGAGGCCAACGCCGACACCAAGGGUCUCGACACCGGCAACCUCAUCGUCAAGCACAUCCAGGUCAACCAGGCCCCCAAGGGUCGGAGACGUACCUACCGUGCUCACGGUCGUAUCAACCCCUACAUGACCAACCCCUGCCACAUCGAGCUCAUCCUUACCGAGGGUGAGGAGGUUGUCCAGAAGGCUGCCGUUACCAAGCGUGAGCCCCGUCUGACCUCUCGCCAGCGUGGUGCUCAGAUCCGCCGUGCCAUCACUGAGGCGUAA